AUGUGCCUCCUGAAGCUGCCGGUAGUUCUCAUUGUAAUCUCAGUUGCAUUAAACCAUAUGAAAGCUACUCCUAUUAAAAGUCACCAGAUGGAAAAGCGGAAAUGCAACACUGCCACAUGUGCAACUCAACGCUUGGCAAAUUUCUUAGUUCGUUCCAGCAACAAUCUUGGUGCCAUUCUCUCGCCUACCAAUGUGGGAUCCGAUACAUAUGGCAAGAGGAGCACAGCUGAGAUUUUAAAGAGGGGACCAUUGAAUUACUUACCCCUUUAGAGGUCAAUGUAUCUCUACAGUUCUUAUUGUUUCAUGUAUAAAUAUCCUAGUGACUUCCCGUGUAAUUUAACAUUAGCAUGAAUAUGAGUUUUUAUGUCCCAUGUUUAUUGCCAGUACAUAUAAAUUGUCAUGGUAAGAAUUGUCUUAAAUUUAAUGCUAAUUAAGAUCCCAUAAUAAAAAAGUCAAUGUCUUUAAAAUGAAGGGUUCUUGCUAUCAAUUUUUAUUUUAAAAACAUAUUAAAAAGUCAUUCUUUUGCCUGUAUCUUUAUGACCUGAGUUUGAGAACAAAGGAGAAAAUGCUGGGCGCCUGGGUGGCUCAAUUAUUAAGCGUCUGCCUUCGGCUCAGGUCAUGAUCCCAGGGUCCUGGGAUCAAGCCCCACCUCGGGCUCCCUGCUCGGCGGGAAGCCUGCUUCUCC